AUGACAUCCAACUGCACCAACAGCACAGACACGCACAACAGCAGCAGCCACGCGUGCGUCCCCCUCUCAAAAAUGCCCAUCAGCCUGGCGCAUGGCAUUAUCCGCUCCACCGUGCUGAUCAUUUUACUCGUCGUUGCGUUAGUUGGCAACCUAGUGCUGGGGAUCGUGCUGCAGCGCAAGCCGCAGCUGCUGCAGGUGGCCAACCGCUUCAUCUUUAACCUCCUAGUCACUGACCUGCUGCAAGUUUUGCUUGUGGCCCCCUGGGUGGUGGCCAUCUCCGUGCCUUUUUUGUGGCCCCUCAACAACCACUUCUGCACAGCCCUGGUUAGCCUCACCCACCUGUUUGCCUUCGCCAGUGUCAACACUAUCGUGGUGGUGUCCAUAGAUCGCUACCUGUCCAUCAUCCACCCUCUCACAUACCCAGCCAGGAUGACCCUAAGCAAGGGCUACAAGCUUAUUUAUGGCACCUGGAUCAUGGCCAUUCUGCAGAGCAUACCCCCAUUCUAUGGCUGGGGCAAGGCUGCCUUUGACGAGCGUAAUGCCCUCUGCUCCAUGCUCUGGGGGGACAGCCCCAGCUACACCACCCUCAGCGUAGUGUCCUUCAUCAUAAUCCCCCUGAUGGUCAUGAUCAUCUGCUACGCUGUGGUGUUCAGUGCAGCCCGCCGGCAGCAUGCUCUGCUGUACAACGUCAGGAGCCACCGCUUGGAGGUGCGGGCCAAGGACUGUGUGAAUAAGCAUAAAGAGAGAAGGAGGAAGAAGGAUAAGUUCCAGCAUGAGCGCGAGCUCCAAAGUCAGGAUGAAGGUGAGGUCAAGGCCAAGGAGGGCAGCAUGGAGGCAGAAGAGGGCAACAUGAAGGUCAAGGAAGGUAACUUGAAGAAGACUGAGGGUACCAUGGAGGCUGAGGACAUCGAGGAGACCACAAAGAGCAACAUGGUAGCCAGCAAAGGCAGCAUGGAGGCCAAGGAGGGCAGUGUAAAAGGUAAAGACGGUGGCACCGAAGUUGAGGAGAGCAGCAUAAAGGCAGACGAGGGCCGUACAGAGGUCGACCACUGCAGCAUUGACUUGGGGGAAGAUGACCUAGAGUUCGGUGAGGAUGGCCUGGAGUUUGGUGAAGGUGUCCAUUUCAAUGAGGAUGACAUCGAGGCCUGGAACAUCCCAGAGAGUCUCCCACCCAGUCGUCGAAACAGUGGCGACCUUUCUCUGCCCAGGUGCUAUGAGUGCAAAGCUGCCAAAGUGAUCUUUCUCAUCAUUUUCUCCUACAUGCUGUCCCUGGGUCCCUACUGCUUUCUAGCAGUCCUGGCCAUCUGGGUGGAUGUCCAAACCCGGGUUCCCCAGUGGGUGAUCACCAUAAUAAUCUGGCUUUUCUUCCUGCAGUGCUGCAUCCACCCCUACGUUUACGGUUACAUGCACAGGACCAUCAGAAAGGAAAUCCAGGAUAUGCUGAGGAAAUUCUUCUGCAAGGAAAAGCCCGCCCAAGAAGACAGCCACCCAGACCUGCCUGGAACUGAAGCCGGCACACAGGGUGGUAAGAUCGUCCCUUCCCACGAUUCCGCCUCUUCGCCUUGA